GACUUUCCGAUCAACCCUAUAGAAUACACAAUGUUUAUAACUUACAUAGCAAAUUGCUUUAAAUGUAUUUUAUUUAACUAAAGAAAUCCUCCAAGUAGAGAAAUCCUUACUUAACAACAUGAUUUAGAAGUGUUUCGUAUUCCAUCUGAUAAUGAAUUUUUUAUCUAGCAACCAUAAAUCAAAAAAACUGUCAAAUUUGGUUUGUCAACAAUUUAUUCUCGUUAAAUUUUAAUCCUUCUAAAGAAUGUCCAUGCUCAUAGAGGAAAACGAAGUGGUCAAACUACACGAUUGGAACAUAAAACCGAAGGCUACCCCUAAAUUUAGUUCUCCUAUUAUCGAAAGGUUAAAAAAAGAAGUAUCACUUAUAUAUGGCCCCAGUGAAAUAACGUGGACCUUGACUGAUAUCGCUAAAGCGUCAUACUUACUUUCAAUUCCUCCAAAACAGACACAGUUUGAUGAUGACCAGGAAAUGAGAAGGGUUUAUACCCUUAUAUACGACGUCUAUCGACAUAAAAAUGUCCUUAUUACUGCCCUGGACAGUUGCAGUUUCUUUGAAGAAUACAGUGUACUUAAAGACGUUCGACCCAAAGUAUGGAUGCUAUUGUUUGACCUUUACCAUCGCAAUUUUAAACAUCGCGAUUUAAGACAGAGAGAGUCGGCCAAGAAAAUAUUUUCGGAAUGUAACAUAUUGGAAAUCGAAGAAUCACUUUGGGCGCAACGGAUCCAUCUGGCAGCUUCAGUGGCCAGGAUGAGAAUUAAGAACAACGCUCUGCGAUUAAGCGAUCUUUUACCGAAACAUUUAAGGGAUGAUCGAAUUCAAUAUAAUCAGUUCACACCCGUGACAUGCUGGGUGAACGUCAAUAAAAUUAAAAAUGUCGACGAAAUAACGAAUCAGUUAAAAAGCACCCUUAACGUAAAUCCACUGGAAGAUGAGAAAUCAGACCUGGAACCUGACAAAUUUAAAUGGGACAAAGUCUGUCCCCAUUUUAUAAUCCUUCACUCCUCUGUCAGGACAAAACUGUCGCAAUGUCCUUUAGUACAAAAGCAUAAAUUAAUCUUGCAGGACAGAUCCUUUUGUUUGGGUCCGGCAGCUUUUGGUAAGGUGGUCACUGAGCUUCAACUGAAAGGGACCGUGAUUCAAAGUCAUAUACACUCACCUAGGGCCACAGCUUAUUUGGCAAACUUACUUUCUCAGAAUGGGAAGAUUUCAAAACUUGUCGUUUUUAGUGCAGGAAAUAGAAAACCCGAGUACGAAGAUUAUCUUAGUAAACUGGGUACCAAAAAUGUAUCGGUAUAUUCCGAGAAACUAUUCGAAUGCGGAUCGGAAGAGUCGUGUUUGGAGGAGGCUACAGCUGUUUUUGCCACUCCUCCAAAUAGUUAUUCUGCCGUGAGUGAUCCCAUCGACUUGGUCUGCAGCCGUGGAGGAGAUCUAAACCUUUUGGAGGUACUCACGGAAACAGAAAUCACACAAGAAGGAAAAAAGAGAAUCAAAAGUAUCUUGGACGAACAGAAAAAGACUUUGCAGUUUGCAAUGACGAAACCUCAAAUUCAGGUUGUCAUGUACGAGACGCAUUCUGAAAUAGACGCGGAAAACAACCAAAUGGUCGAUAAGACUUUAGAAUAUAUAAAUAAGGUUACCCAAUUGAAGCAUGCUGUUAUUCAAGGAAAACUGAGCAGAUCGGAUUUGCCUCAUGAUGCUUUUACUUUCAAGAAGAAAGUUAUUAGCACUGAAGAAAUUAAUAAGUACAUGGACCAUGAUAAGUUGGUUAGAAAGUACUUUGAAAUUGAGAGCGUCAGCUCCAUCAGCUUGCUCUCAGAUGAUUCUCAACAAUCUUUGAACAGCAUCAUUACUGAAAGUACACUGAAUGAUAUUGAGGUGCCACCAUGUGAUCUUUUCGAAAAGCCCAAACUGAAAGAAGUAUCUCCUAAAUUGUCCUCUUUUGAAAACUUGAAAAAGCAAGGCUGUUACCUCGCUUUAAUACAGAGAAAGAGAAUAACUCAUCUUGAUAACAAGUAUAUGAUAGACGUAGCAGAAAGUAGAGGUUUGUUUGGAAAGGAUGCCGAAUCAGCGGAGAAACAAAAGAAAAUGGAGAAUCCCAAGAAGAAAAGGAAGACAUCUCCUCGACCAUCGAAGACCUUCAAGAGAAAUCAACCCAUCGAGAUAAGCAAGAUCGCAGCUCCAACUUUGGCAUUCCAGCGUCAUUCUACUGAGGCAACCAAUGUCCCUUGUCCUCGUGAACAACAACGGAGGAUGCUGACGUACUCAAAGGAUUUCGACGAAAUAAUCAACAUCACACGUCGUCGUCAUGAAAAGAUUAAAAAGAAACUCCAAGAACUAAAAAUGACAAUGAGUCCGAACAAGAAAGUUCCCAGACUGAGUCUCGAACAAAUGAAUGUGAUCAAAAGCAAAUACAACACGCUCUCUAGAAAAUUCAUGUUAAGAAGGAUUGAAAGAAACAAAAGAAAAGCAAAGAGAGAAGAAAUGAGUGACGAUGACGAAGAAAAAGAAAUUACCGAGGUAUUGACACCAUUAACCGAACAAGAAAUUCGCAGACUGAAGGAGCAGUACAGGAAUCCCUUUGAACUAAUGAGAAGUAUGACCGCUGACCAAAUGAAGAAUCUCAUACAUACUCCUCUAGUGGGAAGCCCGAUUUUCAGUGAACUUGCAAAGCCUGUCAACCAAGAAAGCAGACGAAUGAAAGCCAUCGAAAAUAUAGAAAGAAGAAACGAACGAAUAAAACUUAUAGUUGCCGGAAAAUUAUCUGGUCAUUCCAAGCCCAAAAAGAAAGUUAUUUUAAGGGCUUUCUAAAUGCUGAAGGACUUUGUGAGCAUAAUAAUUGAUCUAAUUUCCACUUCGAAGCAGAAUCUGACUUCAAUGAAUUUUUUCCUUGUGAUUUCCUUACCACUUAUGAGCAUGGAUUAAAAAUUGAAAAGUACAAAAAUAAUCGUAAAAUAUGAUAAAAGACUAGAAUAAUUUUUGGUCAAAAAAUAAAGUCCCAACUUUUCUUACUG